AUGGUGAAGAUUGUGACUGUCCUGACCCAGGCCUAUGCCGACCAGAAGCCCAGCACCAGUGGGCUGUGCAAGCGGGUCUGGGUGUUCCAGGACAAUGUGCACUAUGCCGAGAACUUCAUCCAGAGCAUCCUGGCCACGGUGCCCACGGCUGAGUGGCAGGAGGCCGUGCUGGUGGUGGGCAGCGACGGCCAGUUCUACAUGACUGAGGCCAUCCAGCUGAUCAUCCGGAUCGCCGCCGCCAAUGGGAUUGGCCGUUUAGUGAUUGGACGGAAUGGAAUUCUCUCCACCCCAGCUGUCUCCUGUAUUAUUAGAAAAAUCAAAGUCAUUGGUGGCAUCAUUUUGACAGCCAAUCACAACCCUGGUGGCCCAAAUGGAGACUUCGGCAUUAAAUUCAAUAUUUCCAAUGGAGGUCCUGCUCCUGAAGGUAUUACUGAUAAAAUUUUCCAAAGUAGCAAGACUAUUGAAGAGUAUGCUAUCCGCCCAGAUCUGAAGGUGGACCUUGGUACCGUUGGAGAGCAGCAAUUUGACUUGGAGAAUAAGUUUAAACCAUUUACAGUUGAAAUUGUGGACUCAGUGGAAGCUUACGUGAACAUUUUGAGGAACAUCUUUGAUUUUAGUGAGCUAAAAGAACAAUGGGGCUCCUGGUCCGUGGCUGGAGGUGCUAAUAUGCCAUACAAAAUAGCAUUAGUUUUAGACUCUGUGCAAACUCCUCUGCCCCAAAGAGCCCAAAGUAGUACUUUCCAUCUCUAA